AUGCAGCUUUCUGCCGCCAUUUCCCACCUACAGCUCGGGCUCUCGAACUUGCGGGCGGUCAUCCAGGACAACCCGCUCGGGGAGGCCGAGAGACGUGAGCUUCGGGAGAUAGGCCGCGACUUGCAGCAUCUGGCGACCGUCGCCAGCGAGCGCGUGGCGCUCCCCUGCGAUGCUUCCAGGCCUGAGAUUCGGACCUACGAACUGCAGGAGGAAACUUUUGAAAGGAGCCCAGAUCUGACCUGCAGCAUCGGCCUCCAGUUGGAGAACCAGCAGUCCUUCAAGCCGAGCGAGCACUUCACGGAUGUGGCGGUCGAUAAGUUCCCGUCCAUCCGAUCUCAACAGCGCUCGGAGAUCUCGCCCAAGGCUCCCCAGAAGCCCGGCAACAGUGAGGCCCGGAGCCCGCGGAGGGCUUCUUUGGACUCCCGGGCCAGCGAGGUUAGCGAGGCGGAAGAGUCUGACGCCGAUCACGGUGAAGAUAGUACUUACACCUAUUCGGCGGCCUCUCACAUCUCUCGCGGGACUGAAAAUGACGACAACUUCGAGGAGGGCGGCCCUGGGCUUCAUCAAGCGCUGCAGAAUCAGAGAGAGGUCCUCAUGGGCCUCUUCAAGCGGCUCGAUACCGAUGGCUCUGGGGUCAUCGAUACCGAAGAGCUCCAACGAGCACUGAGAUCCGUGGGACAGCACCCGGCACGUGCUCAAAAGCUGAUAGCAGCUGCAGAUGAGAACUGCAACGGCAAAGUGGAGAUCGACGAGUGGAAGAACGUGGUGAACCGUUUGGUGGCCGGCAAAGGUUCCGGUGCGCUCAAGGUCUUCGCAAGUGCGCUGAUGGAGCACGAGUACGGCAAGUAUGGAGAGCGGAUACAACACUCCUCCACUUGGAAUUGGGACGAAACACGCUGCAAGCCUUGGCGUUGGUUCUUGUCUUGCCACUCUAGCACUCGGCUAGCUUGGGACGUGCUCUUGCUGGUGCUCCUCUGCUACAUUGCAGUGGUGUUGCCCUUCACCCUUGCAUACCUGACGGAGAGCGGCGUCCACGGUUACAUCAAUGUCGGCAUAGACGUUUGCUUCCUCUUCGACAUCUUCCUGAACUUUCGGACCACGUACAUCAACGAGGCUGGUGAGGAGGUGCGCAGCAAUCGCCUCAUUGCCAAGAACUACCUCACCUCGUGGUUUUCCCUGGACCUCGUCACGGCUUUGCCCUUGGAGCACCUCGUGGACGGCGUGCCAGGUCAGGUGGAGAGUGUGAAGCUGUUGCGAGGGAGCAAGAUCUUCAAGAUCCUGAAAGUGAUCCGAGCCAUAAAGCUCAUCAAGAUCUUCCGAGCAUCCGAGCUUGGGAGCCGGGUGGAGGACUUUGUCACGUAUGAGUUCAAGCCGGAGAGCACCACCUCGCAGUAUAUUUCUUCACUCUACUGGGCCAUGACCACUGUGACCACGGCGGUGGAGCUCAAAGUUCGAAUCGCCGAUGCCCAAGGGCUCCGACUGCAGAGAGGUGGCGAGAUUCGACUGGUGAUCACUCUGUGCACCUCCCUGGACCGCGAGGGUGCAGAGUUUGGUGCCAAGGUGACUCCCUGGCUGCCCGUUCCUCCAGAUGAGGCGCCCCAGUGGAAGGCCAGGGAGGCCAUCUUCCGCCUGCCGCAGAGUCGCUGCUUUGAGGCGGAGUUCGUGGAUUCCGCGCACCUCCACAUCGCCCUCAUGCAGAAGGGGGCCGAGCAGCCUGAGAAGACGACCCUGGCUGGGGCCGCGCUGGGUGGAAUUUCAGCCUUCAAGCAGGGUGGCUUCUCGGCCCUGCGCUCGCAUGCGGCUGCCUCUGCGUCGGCGUUGCCGUUGGGCGGCUUUCAGAACGAGCGCGGGGACCUCGUGGGCUCCUUGAAGAUUUCGGUGGGACGGCGGCUUGCCUGUGCAGAAGAGGAUGGAGGCCCCACUUGGCUUCAGCUGCUGGAUGUGGACGGCAGGAACGUGAAGGGGCAGUUGCUAGUUGACUUUCCACAGUCGCCUCCAACUCCUGCACCAGCUGUGACGAGUCCGCCGCGAGAGAAGGAGCCCCAGGCGCGGCGGACGGAGGAAGCUCCGAGGGCCACGGAUGAGCCGAGACAGAGACCACCCGAGGAGCCGAGACCGGCAUGGGAGAGUCGGCCCUUUCAGGCCGCGAAGCCCGACGUCGAGGCUGAGAGUUCCACCUCGGAGGGGCCGAUGCCUUUGCCUCUCAGCCCUCCAAGAAUGCUCAUGUCCUCUGCAUCCUCCUCCGCCGAUGGGGAGGCAGAUGCGGCACAGCUCGCCGAGGCCUUGGCUGAGCAGCUAAGUCAGCUGAACCUGCCAAGGGCGGAGGUGGCGCCCCUGGAAUGGAGCUCGCAGUCCGACCAAGAGACGCACGACACCUUCAGCUCUUCGCAGGGCUCCGAGGUGAACAUCUUCAACAUCAACGAUGCAGGAAGGGCCUCGCGAGCCCAGGUGCUCAAAGACCAGCUGAUGAGAUGGUCGAAGAGGGCCGCCCCUUGGCGGUUUUCCCAGCGGCUGCACUCGGCUUUUGACCGUGAGGCCCGACAAGGACGCCGCGAGGUGCGGAAGUGGCGACAGCGACACGAGGUUUUCUGCCUCCUGAAUGAGAUCGAGCAACACCUGAACGAUGUGGUCGCCGGCUUGCGGCAGGCAGACUCCUCCAUGAGGCGCUUCUGCCGAAGCCAUGGCUCAGAACGGCUACUCCAAGAAGCCUCGCGUCUUCCGGCCUUCUUGUGCGAUGCUGCCCUCUACUACAAGUCUGAAGCCGGCGUCCCUGGUAAGUUGGAGGACAAGCUCUGCAAGCUGGAGCGAGUCGCUGACGAUUUUCGCGCCAUCUCCAUUGAUCCCUCAGACAUGGCUCCAGAACAGAUCGGUGAUGGGAGCAAGGAUCCUGGAGAAGCCGAAGACUUGCAGAUUGACAUCGCCGUGCUCUUGGAGAGCACAUUGAUGGCGGCUUCCCAGGCUCUUGGUGAGUACAAGAAGAUGCAUUGCCGGCUGGAGCUGGUGGCCACGGAGUACGAACCCCUUUGCCGCCUCGAGCUGAGUAAUGCGACAAGGCCUGCCACUUUUCUCCCGCUUCUGGCAGAGGACGCUGCAGUGACGCUGCCAGACCAGGCCAUCGUUUGGGCGCAGGACUUCUCACAGUUGGUAGACCAAGCCUCGCAAAGCCUCGCCACCCUCGUGCGCGAGCUGGCCAGCCGGAAGCAGCAUCUCAGUGGCUGCGUUGGCGAGCUCCGUGCACUGCUUCUGCGGCGUGCGGCGGGUGGAGAGCCGACCCUGCCAGAAGGCUGA